GUGGAACACUUCCCGCCCAGUUCUCUUUGAGCUGUCGGUGGCUGACAAUGUGAAAGAGAAACUUGUGCCUAAGAACGGCAACCGGGAAAAUCAGCUGUACCGUAUGGUCUCCUCAAUAGAACUUCAUGGAUAAAGAUGCCACGUCUAGAGAAAACCAACCUGACGAAGGAGCAGAACAAUGUCGAGUGCCUGGGGUUGACUAAUCUCGGUUUUGAUAAUCAUAGGGAAUGGUCCAUUUCCAGGCCACCUAGACAACCUAAUGGCGACAGCACCAUGCAUGAUGUGGAAUUGGGCUCACCGAGUGAUGACUCGAGCAGCCGAGAUGGAGUGUUCACAAUAAGUGGACAUCAGAACAACAUCUCCAAAGAGCAACCACAUGUCAAGACUGAUGUAGCUGAGCACCAGGAGUAUGAUCCUCAUGACCAUCGAAAGCUUGAUGCUCCUACGACGAAUAUGGAGACCCUUGUGCACAUCUUAAAAGGCAGUCUCGGUACAGGCAUCUUGGCCAUGCCAAUGGCCUUCCACAAUGCUGGACUCAUUGUUGGGGCUGUAGGAACUGUAAUUGUUGGCGUAAUCUGCACAUACUGUUUGCAUGUAUUAAUCCGGACACAGUACCAGAUGUGCCGACAACGAAAGGUGCCUCUACUGAGUUACACUAAGACAAUGAAGCUUGCUCUUGAAGAGGGUCCGCCAUUUCUCCGAAAGACUGCUCCUUAUGCAGGGUUUGCUGUAAACUUCUUUUUGGCAACAUAUCAGCUCGGCAUAUGUUGUGUCUAUAUUGUAUUUGUGGCAUCCAAUAUCAAGCAGGUUGUUGAUCUCUACUUUGAAGAGAUAAGUGUGAGGUUAUACAUGCUGAUGCUUCUGUUGCCUCUUAUCCUGAUGAACUGGGUCAGGAAUCUCAAGCUGCUAGCCCCAUUUUCCACACUUGCUAAUGUUGUAACAUUCGUGGGACUUGGAAUUGUUUUAUAUUUCUUAUUUGAUGACAUUCCAAAUCCAGCGACAAGAAAUUAUGUUGGAGACCUUCGAAAUUUUCCACUUUUUAUUGGCACCACAUUGUUUGCACUUGAGGCUGUUGGUGUGAUAAUUGCUGUUGAAGGCAACAUGAAGAACCCUGUUGCAUUUGGUGGAUACACCGGUGUCCUGAACAGAGGCAUGGCUGUUGUUGUUGCCUUAUACGUCAUUGUUGGUUUUGUAGGAUAUGUUAAAUAUGGUGAAAACAUUUUGGGCAGCGUAACGCUUAAUCUAGAUACCCACAGCAAGCUUGCACAAAGUGUAAAAAUCAUGUUUGCAUUUGCCAUAUUCAUCACUUAUGCUCUGCAGUGUUAUGUGCCAUUAGAGAUUCUGUGGUUUAAAGGGCUAAAACGACGCUUUGAGAAGUGUUCAAAGAAAAAGCAACUAUUUUAUGAAUAUGUUGUUCGAACAGCGAUUGUAAUUGCAACAUUUCUCCUCGCAGUGGCAAUACCUCGACUGGAAUUAUUUAUUUCACUAUUUGGAGCCUUGUGUCUAGCAGCAGUUGGCAUUGUUUUCCCACCAUUGGUUGAGAUCUGCUAUUUGUGGCCCAUCGGUUAUGGUUUCUGCAGAUGGAUCCUCAUUAAAAACAUACUCCUUAUGAUCUUUGGCACUUUGGGACUUGUCAUUGGUACCUACACAAGUCUCAAUGACAUUAUCGUUUCCAUGCUGUGACGUGUUGCUAUUGAUGUAUACAGACAGUGUGGUACGCUUGUGAGAUUUUUUCAGUGAUACUGCUUUACAGAGAGCAGAGCAUGUCUAAGCAUGUGUACCUUCUGAAAGUUACUGAAGAACAGCUGUGUUAUUGGGAAUAUGUUCUCCUGACAUGCAAAUAGAUCGUACUAUCACAAAAGAACAUCACUGCUGAAGUUUCGUCAUGGGAUAAUACUUUUACAAGGUGGAGGAAAUUGCUGUUAUAAACACUCAUGCGAGAAUUUUUACUUGUAUUGUACAUACCACCUUACUUAUUUUACAGUUCACAUAGUUAAACAGCAUAGAGACUAUUUACCAGUUUAACAACGAUAACUGGUGUUUCAUGUCAGGAAAGAGCACAUUGAUUACUGCCUGAACACAGUGUGCACUGCUAUUCUUUUGUUACUACUAGGGAUUACGUUGUAAUCAUGUGAAACGUUAUUGAUCUGUACAGAUCGUAUUAUGAGUAAGGCAAGUGAUCUAUGUAUAUACUAUGCCUACCAUGGCAUUAAAUGAAUUAUGUGCUUUAAUAAAGCUAUGCAUAAUAUAGUACAAAAGAUGAGAAACUGUGAUUUUGACCAGUGGAAAACACAGUUUUUUUUCCUAAGUGAAGCUAACAGCUGUUAAAACAUUCCCGCACCUGUGAAACUAAAGUUAUUUUAUUAGGCAAUUUUCUUGUAAAAA